CGCCCGCCUCAAGAUUGCUCCCCUCGCCUGGCUCUGCGUCCGACAAGCCAUUCCAAGCUCGUUCGCACUGGCACACAUUCGCGCGUGAAGCACAGUACGUCGGGAAUACUCAUACGCAUUCGAGCUACUUGCUCACCCGGGCCCGGAACAGCGUCAUGCACGUCAAGCGACUGCCCAGCGAUGUAAUCAUCGUCAUUAUGCAGUAUUUGUCUGCACGCGACCUGGCCGCACUGUCAGAAACAUGUACAUACGCGCAUAGCUUGGUGAGUGUCUGCAACCGUCAGUCAACAGGCGUGGACUUCACAUGCACUUCACAGGUUAGCGAGUUCGGAUGGAGCCUGCUCGCUCGUCAGACUAGCCCAUCAUCCUGCAGUCUUUCCAAGUCUCUGAUGACAUGGCCUCCGAACGCGCAAGUCCGCUAUCACACGAUCACUGACCGCAACUGGGCUAAACAUCAAUUCGUCGCACGACCGGUGGCCCGAAAGUGGAUGGGAAAGCUCCAGCCAGCACUGGCAAUCAACCGCUCCAGGCUGUUAGUCGGCGCAGGCAACACGAUAUACUCGUAUGCGUUCGCUGUUGCUAAACCUGGAGAGGCGCCAGGUGUGGUAUUCGAAGGUGCCUACACCACUAGCCAUCGCCUGCAAGCCCACCGUGACAUCACGAGCAUGGCUUCGGUCGAAGACGGUGGUAGGGACGAAACCCUCUACGUCGGAUUUGCCGACGGCGCUCUGGAACGUGUUACCCUCCCUCUCUCAGAGCCAAGGAAACAUGACCAGAACGUCCACAUCGACCCUUUGCACCGAGAAGGCAAUUACUUCCACGGCGAUGACAUCGUGGAGAGCGUGUCUUCAGCAGGAAAUUACGUUCUCUCGCUCUCCUCGAGCGGUACUGCAGUGUUCAUGAACCUCUCCUCCGCGGAACCUGUUCCUCAAUUCCUGGAGCUGGACUCCCGAGGCUGGUCGACCUACCUGUCCGCCCGUAGUUCGACCCCAUACGCAGUCUUCGGUACCUCCUCCAUGAACCCGCUCUCCGUGCACGACAUUCACGCGGCCGGGCUGUCCCCCAACCCAUCCGCCAUCCUCGCCUCAGGCGCGUCUGACGAGCGCCCAAAGCCCUCCGCUGUCUACGGGAUCGCAGGCGCGCCUCCAUCUUCCCCGUGGGGCCACUCGGACCAGAUUAUCGUAUCAGGGUGGUACGAUGGGCCAGUGCGCGUCCACGAUCUUCGCUCCUCGAAGCGUGCCUACUCGACCGAUCCUUGCUGUCCAGCACCCCUCCUCCCGGUCCUGUCGGUGUUCGAUCCCUGGCUCUUCGAGCCAAACUAUUCCGUCUCUUGCGGCGGGGGCGCUUCCAGCUACAUUGCGGCUGGGACAGCGCGCCAUAGUGUCGUCGCUCUGUGGGAUGUGCGCAACCCUUCGGCGGGCUGGAGCGUCCACGCGCCAGGGAAUGAUUCCUCCCCGGUGUACUCGGUCAUACUCGAGGGUUCCCGCCUGUUCGGCGCGACACAGUCGCGUCCGUUCGUGCUUGACUUCGGCCCGGAUGUCAGAGAGGAUACCUACCCAGUUCUCAAAUUCAGUAAUGCCAGAGACGAAGAGGGUCUCAAGAAGCGAGACAGGACUGGUAUCGGUUUCUACGUAACACGAUACGAUCAUAGCCGGUAGCCAUACUAUAUCUGAUGACGAAUUUUGACAAUGGGUGAAGGAAGACAAGACGAAACGAAUAACAAUAGGAGAUAGCUGGUACAUCGGACUCCAGACAUGCGGUGUGUACAACAGAUAGACAGCAAUAGAUGCACAAUAGACUGA